ACUAAAAAGAAAAGUGAGAAUAAAUUUGACGGUGGCAGUAAUAAAUAUUCCAACAAUAAAGUGUGGUAUGGGUUGUAAAUAAUCUUCAUAUAAAGUUUAUUAGUAUAUAUGUCAUUGCAUUUCUUACAUAUGUUUAUUCUAUAUUUAAAUAAUUGAAUUAAAUAUAAAAUGAGUGAUACCUAAAAAUCGAGGAAUACAGAAAAUUAUUAUACUAUGCUCAAUUUAAUUAAUGGCUCCAGUUCAUAUUAGUCUGGACCGGGUAGAUUUUGAAUCGGGUCGGUUAACGUGCAUCCGGUACCGUCUUAUUUAUAAAACGAGGAAAGCUAAGGAGAUACCGUUUGAAAAUCGAUGAAGCAAAGUCGUCCAUCUGUAAGCUAGAAGAAAUAAAAAUGGCGUGUGCUUUGCGAUUCUCCGGCCAGAGCUUCCGCUUUGACUCAUGGCGAUGCUCGGUUUCGAUUUCUGCUAGAGCUGAACGAUUUCAGAUUCGCUGUAAUUCGUUGCAACAUGGCGAUGGAGGUGAAGAUUGCUCGUCUUUGGAGGAUGGAAACGAUGCGCAUGUCGUUUUAGUUGAAAAAUACGGGAAUGGCACUUCCAAACGUUAUGUUAUAGAAAGUGACUCACAAGUUAGGACAAUCCUUGAGGAACGUUUGCCUGAGACUGGCUUGUUGCAAGAGUUGCGUCCUGUUGCAAAUGAAUCGGACAUGUCAUGGCUUCCUAAUGUUAUCAAAGAUUUUUUCCUUCCUGCAGGCUUCCCUGAUUCAGUUUCGGAAGAUUACCUGGAGUACAUAUUGCUUCAGUUCCCAACUAAUGUUACAGGGUGGAUAUGUCACACGUUGGUUACUUCUAGUCUUUUAAAGGCUGUAGGGAUAGGGUCGUUUUCUGGAUCUACAGCUGCAGCCUCUGCUGCUGCCAUCAGAUGGGUGUCGAAGGAUGGCAUUGGUGCGGUUGGGCGCUUAUUCAUUGGUGGAAAAUUUAGUGCUCUUUUUGAUGAUGAUCCUAAACAAUGGCGACUGUAUGCAGAUUUCAUUGGCAGCACAGGAAGCAUCUUUGAUCUCAGUACCCAAUUAUAUCCGGCUAAUUUCUUGCUAUUGGCAUCACUCGGAAAUCUGGCUAAGGCAGUGGGGAGAGGUCUAAGAGAUCCUUCAUUUCGUGUGAUUCAAAAUCAUUUUGCAAUCUCUGGAAACCUGGGAGAGGUAUCAGCCAAGGAGGAAGUUUGGGAAGUAGCUGCCGAAUUGGUUGGCCUUGGGUUGGGCAUACUUGCUCUGGAUACACCGGGUAUUUCAACUUCAUAUCCUACAUUGGCAUCAACAUGGCUGGUCAUAAGGUUGCUUCAUCUCUAUUUUCGCUAUCUGUCCCUCUCCGUUCUUCGUUUCAACACGAUAAAUCUGAAGCGUGCUCGUGUACUGAUUAACUCGCACCUUUUGUAUCAAAAGCUUCCUGGAAUCAGUGAUUGCAACAGGAUGGAAAAUAUAUUGGUGUGGGAAAGAUUUCUUAGACCAAGAAUUAUCUUCGGGGUGCCCUUGGCAGAGAUGAUUACCGGCAAGAGAUGUGGCUCUGAGCUGAAGAAGCUUCUCAAGCUAUACAUGGAGGAGAAACAUUUCCUAAUUGUGAGCCAACAAGAAGCAGAAAUCGAAAUUUUCGUGUCUUUCAAGGAUGGAGCUACAAGCACAUCAGUUUUACGAAGCGUAUGGCAAUCCUGCUGGCUCUAUAAUAACUGGCACAAAUCCGAUGAUAUGUUCAAGCAACUCCAGCAAAGUUUGAUUGAAUUGAAGGAAAGAUUUGGCGAUUUUUGGGAACAAGUAGAAGAGGCUGGUUGGGACACUAAUCAGAUAAAUCUAAAGGUGCCAACGGAAAUCUCCAUUUGGGAACAUGAAGCCCCGUGAGGAGAACAGUUUUUUCAGUUAUUUCCGGGGGGGAGGGGGGGGACCUGAGAACAUACAAGGUAACCUUAGCCUGUUUUUGAUCGUUCCCAUGGUUUAAGAUUUUAACAAAGUUGUUUAUUAGACAUGUUAGUUUUGUUACUUCUGCUGCACAAUUUUGCAAUGCUAUUCUCUAUAUGAGCAUGCCGAUUUUGUAGGGGCA